AUGGAAUACUUGCGCAUUGAUCUUUCAGUUGCAGAGUUUUCGCGAAUUACAAUUUUCCUGCCGGAAAUAGAAGGCGUCAAUGAAAUUUCCAUCGGAGCUCAAGGUUCAGACCCACUGGGAAAAAUCUUUUGGAUAUCAGUUGAGCGUUUCUCCUACGCUUUAUCGGAUGAUCGUACGUCAGGAGCGGCAUUUGUAGACGCACAUUUUAACAUGGUGUCAUAUUACCUUUAUAGUUAGAACUUUCAACUGCCCUUUCUUUUAGCAAGACUCGUUGCGCUAAAUAAGAAGUUCUUUUUUCAGGAAUAUUUGCGUUCGAAAAUGAAAGUCUAUCAACCAGUUGUACCAAUGAAGAAAAAGUAGAACUUACUUGGCGGAUGCGGGAAACGAUAUCGCGUAUAAAUGCAACCAAAGUGAGUUGCUCUGGUAUUUUGCAAUUCAUACACUGCAGUUCCGAAUGCAUGAAGAGUGUUCAAGGCUUAAUAUGUUUGUGUCAUAUUAAAGGUGUCUUGCAAAUGACAGUUUGUUGAAAAGCGUUUUUAAAAAACUUGAACUUGGGUGUAUGUUUAGAUGUAAGAGUGUAAUCCUCAAAUAAUGAAUUGGGUUUACGUUCACAGUUGCGAUUAAAUGUAUGACUUAGGAAUUAUUAUCUUUCCCCUCUUGGAUCCAUCGCGUACCCACCUUUAGAAAGUGACACUUACAUAAUUCCCUUAUCAGCGAUGCACUUAUGAGAUACUCGUUGGUAAAAAUGCAUGCUUAUGAGGAACAAUGCUGAAAAGCAUAAUGUUACCGAGGUUAUCCGCAAGUACAUUAAUUGCCAUCACGCGCAUAAAAUAGCGUCCUAAAGAGACUUUGAUAAGGUGUAAUAACUAUGAACAAAAAUGAGUUUUGGAUACAUAUCUGCGUAGAGUAAGUCCAAAGAAAACAAGCGCCUAUGUUCGCUUGGUUAUUUACAACAUUCUGUUAUAAUUAAAGAUAAUGUCAGCUCAGUGCCGAGUUUUUUUCGAGCACACUGAUAAACGAGAUUUGUCGCGCUUUCGAAAAUAAGUCAGCUUUCGGUUUUGGUUUCCUCUUAGUACAUUGCGUGUCCCGUAUAGUUGAUUGUUGGGUGGAAGAAAGUCAGGCGCUCUGAAUGUUUGAAAGAGAUCUGAAUAAAAAUACUUUAAUUGCAGAUCAGGUGUUAUUCAAAUGAAGAAAACAUUUGUGGAUUUGAGACGCCCUGCGGUACGUUAGUCGGCCUAAUGUAUUUUAAUUAUUAAUUUUUGGACGUAGCAAUUUCCUAAUUCAGGUGUUUAAUAUUACGCGCAGAACUGUAUAAAAUUUUACGCAUCCCGUUUUUCUGAUUUUCAGUUUUAGAGGAGGAGGAGGAGGGAAACCAAUCGGUUAUAAAGUUUGAAGUGACACGGGGAGAAGAAAACAUUGUCCUCUUUACAUGUCAAUAUGAAGACGAGGAAAAACUCGACCUCGUCACCUAUCGAUAUUUGUGGCCAGGUACAGCUCGCGUUUUAGUGUGCAAAAUGUCUAGGGAUGCGGUUUUUUGACAAAAUCGUUAUUUCUGAAUGAAGUUUUGAUAUUCUUCUUACAAAACUAAUUUGGUACGAAAUACGAGAGGCGCGUCAAUUUACUUGACACUUUUUCGACUUAUGCAUACUUCCAGGUUUAGAUGCAUUUGAGGGUGGUGACAAGGAUGUGCAUUCAACUUCA